AUGGCUCAUCGCAUCGUGUCCCAAGUCAUCGUGACCGGAGCCCGGGUCUUCGGCCGCGCCUUCGCCGAAGCCUACAAGCAAGCCCAGGCAUCCGGCAAAUACGCUCACCAACAAAAGAAAGCCGGUGUAUCAUCUACAACCUCCAGCGUGACCAUCGAUGAGGCCUGCAAAAUCCUGAACGUCAAGGCCCCGGCCUCCGGCGAACACAACCUCGAACAUGUCAUGGCCCGAUUCAAGAAGCUGUUUGAUACGAACAACCCCGAGAAGGGCGGCAGCUUCUACCUGCAGAGCAAGAUCUUGCGUGCGCGUGAGCGCUUAGAGAUGGAGUUCCGCGAGAUUGAGCGCAAAGCUGCGCACGACAAGGAAUUGAAGGAAGGCUGGAACCCCAAAGUCUACAAGGACAAAUGA